UCUCCAACAAAACAAUUCUUGAGGUCUGACUGGUCUUUUAUUUGACAUUUAAACAUUUAUCUCUCGUUAUAUCUCUCUCUCACUAUUUUGAUUGCGUCCUCUAUCGAAGUAGGUAUUACAGGCAGAUUUCCGAACAUUGUGAUGUUCCGUGUGUGCUUAGAACAGACACACGCCACCGAGAAGUGAGCAGAAUUGGCUCGCUGCCGGGGCAGCCCCAUGCCGGAGAUCGCUCAGCGGCCGCUCUUUCGGCCGUUUCUUGGGAAGCUAGCGCCGAGGCACCUUCCUCUCAAGCUCCUUGAACUUCUGAGCCGGCUCAGUCUCUUCCAUCAUCUGCUGCAUGGUCCAAGAAAACGAGCGAUAGCAGCUUCUAUAGGGGCACCGGUGGACCUAGAGGGGUGUACACUUGGAACACACACACACACCCAGGAAUACACUCACAGACAAAAACAUACAACGCCAACUGUAGGGGAUGGAGCGCUUAUGGAGCAUGCGACGCGUGCGCAAACAGACGAACCAACGGACAAAACGGGAGACAGGAAGUUACUACUCGGGGGUUACCACUGCGUGCUCUCUCUCUCUCUCUCUCUCUCUCUAUCUCUCCCCACACAUACAAACACAAACACGGGCACGCGCGCGCGCGCACAUGCCUCCCACACACUCACACAUACACACAAGCGCGGGUUGGUGAAACGUUUUUAUAGUUUGUCUUCCAGCUCCAGUCAUAGCAAGACUUCCUCUGCGAUGAGUUUACAUAACCCGCUCUAGGGCUACCAUACCAGCGCUAAACGGCCACUAGUCAGCGACGACAGCCCAGAGAUCAAGCACGAGUCAAGAUCAGACCAACCGAACCACUGAAUUGUGAAUUGAUAGUGUUCAAGCACCCAAGAUUGUGACGGUGAAUGGAGUAGAGAGGACGGGCGGCGACAUGCAACACGCUUGAUUCAGUCGAUACAUGAGGGGGUGACAUCGAGAUGGGCCAGGGGCUCGAACCGUCAACUGCAGAUCUCUUUCUGUUCUCCCGGUCGCAGCCCCCCCAGCUUCCGUCUCGUACCGAUUUCUUCGAGCGAUCGAAGAAGCAAGCGCAUACUAGGGACAACAGUAUAGGCAGCAGCAGCAGCAGCAGCGAGCGAGGAAGCGGCAACGGAACGAGCAGCGACGACGUACGGUUUGCGCUGACCAGCAGCAGCACAGACACACUAGCAGCUGCCCAUCACGCACGGUGGCAACGGUGGCCCGCACUAUCACAUCACCACCAUCACCACCACUACUACUACUAUUACUACCACUACUACAGCUACUUGCCGCAGUACAUCGGUGCGAUUGGCGCACGCGGUGGAUGCCGUACGUUUGACGUACUCUUCAAACAUUCAUGAGUUUUCAACUAACGCACGCAACAAUGGAGUUUGGCUAGGAAAGGAACGUCGUCAGUGAUCUGCGCUUCAGGUGAAACAAAUCUCGUACCAAGAGAGACAGAGAGCGAAAGAGCGCGAGAGAGCGAGCGAAGGCAAAUGUAGUUGACACAUCAAACACACACAUACACACAGAUCCACACUGACGCACGUGUGGCCGAACUCCAGUAACACAGCAACAACAACAGCAGCAGCAGCAGCAGCAGCAAAAAGAAACAAUACUAAAAGCAACAACCGAAAGCGACUACUACUGCAGACACCUAUACACAACCUUCUGGGAAGCAGAGCAGCUAAACCAGGCAACAACCGUCACACACACAUACACAAACACAUACCGUCUGGAGGCGCUUCCGAAACCAUAUCCACAAUCCAAUACGGGUAUUGUUCCCCAUUCAUCCGUUUUGCAUUUGUCAACCACGCAUCACCACGCUCGACGUGCGGACACUGCCGGUCAAGCGGUAAAGUGUAGGUGUGUGUAAGGAAAGCAUCGGCGCUAGGACAGAGAAAGCGAGAACGAGCGUACAGCACGACGCCUAGUAUUACGGCAGCGCACCGGCCGUGUCUGCUUGCGAGUAUCAUCCAGCACACUCAAUCGCCUAACCUUAGCACCAGUAGAUGAACCGUGCGCCAUGGUUGCGUCCACCCAGUGAGCGCAAUCGCAUCGCAACUCUCCAAUAACAACAAUAUCUGUAAGACUCUGUUACAAUACCGCCAGUACCUUUGCUACUACUACUACUACUACUACUACUACUACUAUUACUAGUACUACUCCUACUACUGCUAGGAUUUCAACUACUACUACUGUGCUAUCGUCUACACUCUUUUACCCUGUCUGUGGUUAAGACAUCCACCGUACAUUAGUAGAUAGUUUGGUCCACCGUUGGACUCAAGGCCCCCAAUCGACAGUGUCUGCAAGAUCUGGGAAUCUGGGCGUUAAACCUCCUACCUAUCCGAUUCAGUAAAUCGGGAGCCAAUCAAUAGCAGUACUAUCCACAAAAAAAAACACCAACAAUCAAUAGCCUGUCCCUCAGCAGCCUCGAUACCCGAUAAUCACGACUACCAGCUAGGACGACUCUCAAGCUAGGGAGUUUUUCCCCUCAAACCAAACUUUUGAUACUAACGCAAGGUGCUCAGACUCUAACGGCAUCGGAUCCACAAAAACCCGCCCCUCUCAGCGAAUCAAAUGGCCAUGGAUCCGCCCGACGUAGUGCUGUCGCCGGAGCGCGAGAGCAGCCUGGUAGCGACCGCUGGCAGCAGCAGUGGUGGUGGUGGCAGCAAGUCGACUACGGCCGCUCUGCUCCAGUUACAGCACCGGGCAGCCCAUCCACAGACUCCACCGGCUGCGUUUCAUCUAACCGGCGGCGGUGUAGGCGAGCCGGCACUGCAUCAGCAGCGCUCGGCACUGCUGGUGCAGCAGUCCUCUACCACUACGACGCCACCAGGCAGUAGUGGUGGUGGCUCUGCUGCUGCUACUGCCGGAGUCACGCAGCUAACAGGCAUUGCCGUGCCGACGGCACUGCUAGCCUCGGCCGGUCAGCUGCAAUCGGUGGCCGGUGGAUCGAACAGCUCGGCGGUCGCCACCCCUUCCGGUCUGACGACGACGGGGUCGAGCGGUACGCAGCCAGCGCCUCCGAUCGAGCGACUCUCCCGACCGAUGGCGUUCGAUAAGAUGGAAUCACUAGUCCGCGAGAUGCAAGACUCGGAGAACGGUGUGCCAGUGCGCAGCCAGAAGCUAUUCCUGACCUCCAUACCAUCGGCUUUCAUGGGAUACGACCUGAUCGAGUGGCUGAUGGAGCGGCUAAGCAUCGAAGAGUCGGAGGCACUGAACAUUAGCAACCAGCUGUGCCAGCACGGUUACUUCUUUCCCGUCUCCGACUCGAAGACGCUGAUGGUGAAGGACGAUUCCUCGCUGUACCGCUUCCAGACGCCGUACUACUGGCCCUGGCAGCAGAAGGCGCCCGAUCAGAUCGAGUACGCCAUCUACCUGGCCAAGCGGUCGCUCCGCAACAAGCAGCGGCACGGGCUGGAGGACUACGAGACCGAGGCGCUCGCCAGCCUGCACAAAAACCUGAAGGGCAAGUGGGACUUCAUACUGAUGCAGGCGGAGGAGCAGGUGCGGCUGGCGAAGGACCGCAAGAAGGGCGACAAGAUCGUGGGCGAUUCGCAGGAGCGCGCCUACUGGCGGGUGCAUCGGCCGCCGCCCGGCCAGUUCACGCCACUCGAGCCGUGCCCGAUACCGUCACGCGACCGGCAGGGCAAGCCGCGCAAGCGCACGGUCGAGGACUGGCAGCGGGAGGUCGACAUACUGAAGGCGUCGCUCGGGCGGAACCGGGUGAAGAUGUCACAGGCGUGCGAAAGCCUGGUCGUCUACUACGAAACGUUCAGCGAGUACGACCCGAUGAUGCAGCCGCCGCUGCCGUCGAACCCGUGGGUGACAGAGGACGUCAGCUUCUGGCAGCUGAACCACCCGGUGGUUGAGGUGCUGACCGAGAAGCGCGUCAAGCGCUGGGGCAUCUCUAUCGAGGAGGUCGUGUCGGACCCGACCGGGCUGCAGGAGUUCACGCACUACCUGAAGAAGGAGUACUCGCACGAGAACAUACGCUUCUGGAUGGCGGUGAACGAUCUGCGCCGCUCCUCGCACUCGCAGAUAUCGCGCAAGGUGAAGGAGAUCUACGAAGAAUUUCUCGAACCAGGCGCACCCUGCGAGAUCAACAUCGACGGUAAAACGAUGGAGAAAGUUCAGCUCGGGUUGAAGAAUCCGUCCCGGUUUGCGUUCGAUGCAGCGGCCGAGCACAUCUACACACUGCUGCUGAAGAAGGACUGCUACCCGCGGUUCGUGCGCUCGGAGCACUACAAGAACCUGAUGGCGAACGCGAUCCAGCCGUCGCUCAAAAAGCGCUUCUUCGGCUUCGGCGGCGGUGCCAAGAAGAAGGGUUCAACCUCGACCGCGCCCAACCCAUCAAUGCUUACCCAGCCAUCCACCGGACAGUCUGGGUCGGGCAACGUGAACAGCCUGUCCAAGCGACGUGGCAGCGACCGCAGCCUGUCGGGAUCGGCCCACGAGCUGGCGAUCUCGGGCGUGAAGGACUGUUCCAAAGUGCCACAUUCUCAUAGCCAAAGCAAUCUGAGUGACAUUCCGUACAGCGUAUCGAUCUACCGUGGUGAUAUGCCGUCCGGUAUAUACGAGGGUGUAUCGUCAUCUUCCAGCAGUACACCCGUGCGAGGCAACGUACGAGUGACGGUUGGAAAGCAACAAGAGAUGAACAAAAAUCUCGGAACGACACUCGAGGUAACGCUGGAAGGGGCCGUGUCUGGUGCGUGUGCCGUCUGCCCCUGGGACACGCCCGUGAUCGAAAAGCCAGCCGCAGAGUCGGCCGUCUCGGUCUCGGUGUGCCCGUGGGACAGUGCCGACGCCAAGCUGCCCACCAAGACGGACAGCACCAACAGCAGCAAGUCGAAGCAGCACGGCGACCAUCAUCCGCCGCACAGCACGGCCGAGAUCAGCGAGGUGUCGGAGCGGAUGAAGCGCUCGUGCGGUUUGCGCCAGAACACGCUCGACGGUGACUUUCACAGCACCAAGCGGUUGGCACCGGUUGUGACCGAGCAGCGGCGGGCUUCCAUGACGAUGGCGCCGAGGCUGUCCGAUCUGCAGUUCUGUAUGCGCGCGAACUCGACCGGCAGUGGGGCGACGCCGCCCGACAGUACCGCCUGCCUGGCGAACCUGCCGUCCCAGCAGCAGCAGUACCUGCAGCACCAGUCGUCGGUGCGCAUUUCGCAGGGUUCGCUCUCGACGAGCUUCGAGGAGAAGGAGGAGGGAGGCUCGGGCACGGUAUUCUACCAGCAGGAUGGAACGUCCGGCGCCCCUACUCCAAUCGGCGAGGAGCGCGCUGGACAGGCCGGCACGGUGGCGGACGACGUAGCGCAGCAGGACCGUGGUCCGGGCGACAAUCCGGAUGCGGCUGAAGGGGCGGCUGGGGCACGCGACGCGACGCCCCAAGCGCAGCCAGAGGCGGACGUGCCACCAGUACUGCCCGCCGCUACGUCCACUGAGCCGCUCGGUGCGGCUACAGAACAGGUCGGCACGCAGCAGCAGCCGUACGGCGGCGUACCAGCGGCUGCGGUGUGCCCCACGUCGAACCCCACCACCACCACAAACACCACGAUCACCACCACCACCACUACUAUCUGCACCUCGUCGGCCGGUGCGGGCCGGGCGAUGGCGAGGGAGGCAAACAGUCAGCGUCCGACGAACGUGGACACUGCACCGGAAUCAACCACAGGCACCCCUAGGAUAAGUGUAAUCUAUGCAAACACACCCGACGACGACGACGAGCCGGCGGAGGAGUACGAGCUGGCAGUGGGCAGCGAGCCGGAGGCGACAGUGCGGGAGGCAAGCGUCCAGCACGGCAGCCCAGCGGCUGAGCCGGCGGCCGCCAGCGUCGCGACGCAAACGGUGGACGUGCUGCUGCUGCAGGGUGUCGACGCCGCCCAGGACCUGUCGCCGCUCACCGAGGCGGAGGAUGGCUUCUACGGGGAGGCACUGCGGCGGCAGCACCACCAGCACCAGCAGCACCACCCGUCCGAGUACGACAUCAUGAUGGACGGUGGUGAGAGCGGGCUGCUGCCCGGGUGUGUGGCGCCGGCCCCUACGCCCGCACCCUCCAUCGCGCCGCUGGCCGAGGUCGAGCUAGACCCGCCCGACGACGAGCCGGACGAGGAGGAGCAGGAGGACGGCGGGGGGCUGGAGGAGGGGACCGGGCGGCUCGACGGGGAGCCCACGGGAGCGGCCCAGGAGCCACCGGGUGCGGCGACGCUAGGGGCACCACCACAACAACCACCGUCCAGCUCCGGAGCGGGAGGCGCGGACGAGCUGGCGAGGCGCCGCAAGCGCCGCGAGCGCAGGGACCGUCCCCCCGAGCCGGGCACGUUGCGGGCGCAGAAGAGCGAGGAGGAGAACAGCGAACGGAAGGGCGAUGCCGUCUGCCCGUGGGAUGACGAGAGCGAAUCAGCGGCGGAUGAUGCACCGUACGUGAAGACCUACUCCACGCUGGGCUACCUGUAGGGUGGUUUCGGUGGAGCUAGAACCAUCCUACAGGUGGUAGAAGCGGCCGGGUACGCAAUUGCGAUAUGGUGGAACGAACGGAAUGGUGCGGAAUCAGGAGCCAAACGCAUCCAAGCGAAGCCAGCCGCCGUUUGAUACAGCAUCGUUCAGUACAGUGGCCGUGUACCGUUUGCAGCACAGAGUUUGACUUCGUACUCCUUCGGCGUUGGUGUCGGUGUCGAUGCAUUACCUACACACAUUCGAUGUGGUUUAGUUCUCGCUUGAUUGAGUGUCUUAAACAUCACUGUUGGUCGUAAUCAUUUCUGCUCACUGUACAAAGGCGUUGACUUUACUUUAAAUUGUUGCCUUCAGUUUUGCCACAAUUCCAAUUCGUGUAUUGUUGUUUUUUCAUCUCUUGUGAUUAUUUCUGGAACCAGAACUCCUUGUGUUUUUUUUCUCUAUCUCGUUGAGUAUGCUAGCGUUACGAUCCACCUGCCUGCGCGAAACGCAGCGCUUACGUCCCAUAACGCACGGCACACCGGCAUAUCGAUUCCCCGGUCGGCCAAAUCGAGCAGCCGGACUCCCCGGGCCCAGGCCGACUAAGAGAUUCCAGUGGCCCAGUCGGCGUGUAUGUUGCCGCGCGGGUGCAACCGCAAACCGAUCAGCUUCGUACCGACGGGAUGAUUUCGCACGAUCACCGGGCUGCUGAACAGGUCCUACCCGACUGACGUUACGCGAUACUACCAUCGCUCGCGAAACAUCGGUCGGACACGUGAUGAGCCUCCGUGUGCUACCGAAUGUCGGAGUGGGCCAACCAACUGUCAGAUGCUGCCCGGUGGCUGUGGUGAUACAGCAACAUCCAUCCCUCCCCUUCCUAAGAAGUCGAUCGGUACUAGAAGCUGAUCCGGAGCCUUUGCCAAGCAUCCCGUGCCGCCGUCUCCGGCGGGUAGCCAUACACGCUGCCAGUGCCACCUUUACGAGUGAAUCUUGGAGCCUCCGUGGCGAUUAGCCGCGGCAGGUUUGGGCCCGGCCGCGAUUCUGCUUUCGAUUUGUGGAGCGGGAAGCAUUUGUGUUCUUCUUUUCAAACUGGGUUGAAAGGGUGGGGGAAUGCAGAUAGUAGCAACAAGAACAACAAUAACAACAAACCCGUGUUUGAAAGCACCUUUUGGCAUUAUACUAGCAGCAGCACUCUUACAAGCAGUAAUAUCAGUCUUCCGAUUUGAGAGUGAUGAUCGCACACGCGCACACGUUUGCGGCGUCGGCGCACCAAUGGAUGUGAUGCAAGUGCUGCCAGAGAUCUCAGGUUUUAGACCGGUUGCGGUGCAAUAAUUUCGAAUAUAUCUCAAAAUGUACACAUAGUACACAGCUACCAACGUACGCUCGAAACACAUCAUACUCAUACGUACGCAUCUAGUAGUAAUUAGUGGAAGGGAGAUGGAGCUGACAACAAUGUAAACAUUUAAAGCAACAGCAAACAACAUAAUUAGGACAUCCGUUGAUAUCAUGCGGAGUAUAUUACUCAUAGUAGUCAGGUUAGUAAUUUGCUGCAGUGGAGCUCCGUAGCUCCACCAGCGCAGUAGUAGUGGGUACCGGGUAGCGUUAAUUGAUUGUGCUACAGGGCCAGCUCAGUGCACGUGUUGGCUUAAUAUUUAGCUACUAGUGUGCGAACGGGGCCAUGGACCCGUCUUAGUCUGUAGUAACCAAAAAAAGAGGAAAAACAAAGAAAAAUAGCGUUUUAAACUCAAAUCACUCAAGUCUAGAGCUAACAAACAUUGCUGUACCGUUUGGUUGUGUACGUGAGAACGCCUUGGUUGAACUCUUCGGUUUGCGUUACUGCAACAAACACUCAGCCAAGCACUCAGCGUGCAAUUGAGUGCGUUAGUUCGCUCGAGUUGUGGGUAGGAAGCGUUACUCAGAAGCGUUAUACACCCCCAACUACCACCGGCUUUAGUUGCUGAUCUGUUUUUGCUUUUUUUUCAACACUGCGGACCAUUUGCCAGUUCCGCCAGAUCAGAAGUAGUAGAUUGAUUUCGUGCUGCACAACGCUGGUAGACGUUGUAGAUAGUACACAGUUUUGCGUUUGUAGCGUGCUUGCCUUCCAUGUGUUUGCGAAUGACUUUUGGGUUUGGAAACCAUCGUAACACCCUGCCCGGGUGCUACAGUGUUCACACGCAAUAUAGGGUAUAGGAGUAAAGCCUCAACCCCCCCCCCCCCCUUCCCCUCACACCACUACAUUAUUCUCUCCCUCAACUUUAGGCUAACUAACUAGCUCACCGACUAUUCACUCCCAUCUUGCUACGCCUGUUAAGCAACUCAAAUUUGCUUCAUUCAGUAUCCGCACUCAACCAACUAUCUUGAAAUAGAGCAGGCAAUUGACAUUUCGCAAUACAUAUACAUAUAAAUAUACAGUAGAUGUGUAACGAUUAUGCCCAUAUACGCUGCUUACAGCAUAACAUGAGAAGCAAAAGCAAACACCGAUAACCCAAAAGCAAAAACUUAGCAACUCAAUAUGCCUCUAGCAACAGCACUACAGAACGGAGCGGACGAACAGUCCUGAAUGCAAUACCGGCACGACCCGAAACCACGGCAACAGCGCUGUGUUUUGCCAGCCGGAUGAAACGUAUCUCAAGUAUUAUUAACACUUUGCUAAGCUUAGGACUCGUCAACACUAGCGCUCGCAAACUAGUAAACUUGGCGGUAGUGCUAGGACAAGCGUGUGAGAUGCUUUAGUAUAGAUACAUAAGUAAAGUAAACAUAACACCUAGUGGACACAAUUUAGGAGGUAAGCGAUGGAGCGAGAGAGAGAGAGAGAGAGGAUGGUAGAGGGGGAGGUUAGUGCGUGUGAUGCUAGCGUAAUGGGUGUGCGCAUAUGGGGACAGCUGGAAACCGAACCGAGCGGGUCGAUUGACCCGAGAGAUUGAAGACGGAACCGGUAUCGUGUGCUUCCCGGCAGGGGGCGUUCGAGGCGUUUGCCCCGCUCAGGAAGGCAGUGGCGGAGUUCACUAGCAGGCUUGGAGCUUUGAUUUAUCGUUCAAAGGGAAGCGCUGCGGUACGUUUAGUACCCAGCGUGGUAGUAUAAACUCGUUUAGUUGUUAUUUUUAGUAAAUUAUUUCGAUUGCCUUUGUACAGUGUUGCAGUGGUAGUGAGCAAACUCUCACCAACGUGCUUGCGAUACAAAUUUCUUCUACUUAAAAAUAGCACUCAGUUACUUACACGAAACUCAUCUUACGUCCUAUGCGUUACUACUAACACAACGAUUGGUGCGGGUCGAAUGUAUGACAGCGGUGCUUAGUAUACAUCGGACACUACUGUCGACGCUGCUGUCAGCUGCUUUGCGAUCACGAUGCAAACAUGAUCUCUGUGCCACCUUGCCACAUAUCUGUACCGUCAAUGCCGUGGAGCUGGUCGAGCCGAGGACAAGGUCUGAAAGUGCCGGCUCAUCUUCGCUGCCUGAAGGAACUGGGAUGAAACAGCAUGCAAUAAUCGUAACCGAGUGAUGGAGUGAGCAGGCAGAAUGCAAGGACCUUAGCUGGGGUGACGGGUAAUAACAAAGUAGCGAGAAAUAAAUGGAGAGAAAGAGUAUGUGUGUAUGUGAGUGAAUAGAGGAUCCAUUUUCCCCAAAACAAUAGAAGACAAACAGAUGUCUGAACAAAUUUCAUGUAUGAUCCAUGUGAAUGGUUGUUGUUUUACAAAUAUAAAAGGCAGGAAUAGAUGAAACAAAAACACACACAACAAACACUACACUAGAAAAGCUAUUUUCUAUUUACUCUAAUAACAAAUCACAAAAAGAAAGAGAGAGAAAAAUAAAGAAAGAAAGAGCGAGAGAGAGAGCGAGAGAGAGAGAGAGAGAGAGAGAGUAUAGUACCGUAUAAACUAACAAAUCAAGCGCAAAAAAUUGUCAUAACUCUAUGAAAUAAAAACAAAACAAAACAAAGAGGGAAAGAGGUCACGAAAAAUAACAAACUGGUACACUUUAGUACAGAAACGAAACAUGCAAAAGAGAAGAGAAAGCGAAAGAAAGAUAGAAAGAGAGAAAGGAAAAGCACAAAAUCGAACAAAGAUUGCAGUGAACGCAGUAAAACAAGCUCAAAAACAAAAGUAAAAGGAAGAUAAGCGCAAGCAAAACAAGAACAAAAAACCCCAUGAUUGUGACACAGUCGUACAACCGUGUGUGUUUGUAUGUAUGUGUGAGUGUCUGUAUAUGUAUGUGUAGUAUUUAGCUGUUUUUUUUGCGAGGCGGCACUAGAUAGUGUAAAGCGGGAUAGACUCAUAACCCAACAGCAAGUGGCUCUGCUUGGCCAACAUCAGUCCAAUUUUGGGAUGCCUAUUAAUCAAUCAGUAACGGUAGCUGCACGAGGUAGUACAUUUGUUCUUGUGUGAAGUUUGGGCAGAUGUAUUGCGAGCGAUGAGAUUAGGAAGGAAGGAAGGAAAAAAAGAAAGAAAAAAAAAACACGGAUCAGCGCAAAAAGCGUUCAAACUAUCCAGCCUUGAUUUGCUACGUUCCAUUGUGAUAUACUUUCUUGUUUGCUUUGAUGAGCAUUUGUUGCACUGGUUUUUAGUUUGUAUCUCUUUUACCCUUCUGUACUUCACAUCUUCAAAGUUUCCAGUUGCAUGGAAAAGUAAUUCAUGCUAAAAGUUUAAUCCAGCAUUAAAUUCAUCUUCUAUAAACAAAAGUUUAGCAAAAUUGAGUGAUAGCAACAUUAGUAAACACUGGGUACCACAGAAAAAAAAAACUGCACGAUAACGAGUGAGAUCACAACGCAAAAAAAAAAACAAAACAUGGAAAAGAGAUAAAACAUAGCAAAGGAUAAAGCUUUAGAACAAGCUGCAGGCAAACAGAUGGGCCAAAGGCGCAUACGUAACAUCCAGCUGUCCGUUCGCUAACAUGGCAACCGAAUUAACCCCAUAUUGGAUAACAGUUGAAUUAGUAAGAUAAUAAAAUAACGGCAGCGAGUGAGCGGAAAAGAAAGAGAGAAAGAAAGAAAGAAUAAGAGAAUCCAAGUGAGAGAGAAAGAGAGAGAAAGAUGGAGUGCGAAAGAGCAAGCAAAACAUCUAGUGCGAGAAAGGUAAAAAGGGAAAUGGUAAUUUAAAAUAACGAAGUAUGUAAAAAAUGCCACCGGUUAGAGUGUAAUUUGACUUAUUAAUACUGGAUAGCAUACUCAGCAAAACCCCUAUUUAAAAAAAACACACACACUCACACACAUGAGGAACUGCACUUCCAAAACAGCCCGAAACACCUUAUAUUUACAGUAAAUUUUCUGCACGAAAAGCGCAGGACAAGAGACGGCGGAGUUUGGUUUUUUGUUUACUUAGUAUUUUGGUCGAGCAAAUUGCGUUACGUACGAUCCGGACACAGGGACAGGACGCGAAACGGUGAAAAUGGAGGAAAAAGCAGAACAAGCACAAAACAUAAAAAAAAACCCCUGCUAGUUGAUAGCAGUAAACGAGCCUAAUUUAGUGACAAGGAAAUUUGUGACAGUGAAAGCUUCUUGCAGCGCAUUGUAAGAGACGGUGGACGUCUUUAAAAAAAACAAGAGGGGAAAAAGGUGAAGUAGUACAAUGAGUAAUAAAAUCUACCAGGAAAAGUAAAGACUCACGAAUGCACGAAGGAAGGUAAGAGAAUUUGAGAGAGCUAUAGGGCGAGAGACAGAAAAGGAGAAGUAGAGCAAUGGAUAGGAAGAAAGUAGGAGAGACUAAAGGAAGAGAGCAAGCGAUAGAUGGUGCAAAAUGAAACGGACACGAAAGAGAGUGCAGGCUAGAUCGUUUAGAGAAAUUGGUGAGUUUAUUAAAAUUGUUACAAAAAAAAAUUCCAAAUCUAAGUGUUACAACAAAAAAAAAGAGAAGAAACAUAGCUGCAUUGUGCGUUUUAGCGAUACAAAUUUGGGCGAUAAAAUUAGGAUUAUAGCAUUAGGCCUUUGAUUUGUUUUUAAGUCCAACAUAUUGAUUUGCGUAUCCGGGUGUUGAUAGUGGCAUGAACUUAAUAGAGCAAACCAAGCGAACAAAAAAAAAACAGAAAAAAGGCAAACAAGUUAUCUAACGACACUUGUGCACACCAAACUACUAAGAGGUGCAAGAGAACGGUAUAAGAGUGAUAGUAUUAAAGAGGAAAUCAAGUAGAGUGCAAAAAGGUGGUAGGAAAUAUAACAAAAAAAAAGACAAAAAGUAUAUAUAUAUGAAGAAAAAAAAAACACACACACACUCACACAACCAAAUGGAAAGCUUUGGCGGGAGAAGCAGCUUGAACGCCACUGUUCAAAUCAAACGCUACAUACUCGAACAAUUCCCACUUUGCAAUCGGCCAUGCAUAGGGAGAGCGGAUGUCCGGAGCGGAGUUUAGACCGGUGGGAGUUCGUUUCUUGGGUUGCCACUUCUCUGUAGUACAGUAUGUACUGUACGCGAGGAACUUUUUAGCGCAAAUGCUUGACAUGAAGGUGUCAUUUUCAAACUCGAGAUAAAUGUUGAAAUUCCUCGCUACCCCUUGUUUCGGAUGCUCUGGUUCACUUGUAAAGUAGACCAAAGCUUUACUCGCAGUACUAAAAUGUAGCAACAAUCAAAAGGAAGUAAACGGUAGUGGUGCCUCCGUCAUCUAUACUACACAAAUUGGGUGUCCUUGCUCAAAGAUGGCACACCGUACUGUUGGUGGAUUUGAGCUAACACUUACACGUACUAACUACAAAGCAAACUUUCACAAUUAAAUUUGUGCUCCGCUUACGUCUGUCCCAUUGAACACCGGGUGAUAAGUACACCGUUUAGCCUGCAUGUCUGCGUAUGUGUGUGUGUUGGUGUUUACUAGCGUGCAGCAUACCAGUGAUGUAUCGCAUGUGGUGGACGGUUUACACUAAGCGCGCAGAGUUGAAAAAUCCACAAAUUUGGCUACUAAGCGUAACGCAUCCAAGGCCCGCUCGCUCUCUCUCUCUCUCUCUCUCGCUCUCGCGCAUGACAUCGUUGUAACGCUGAGAAAUCAAAACGCAAAAAAAAGAAAUAUUUAAAAAAAGUAACACAGCCACACUCAUCCACAUGAAACUAUACAUCCUUAACUACAUGCUGCGCAGUCCAUUUAUCCUUGCAUUGGAUUGAUGUGAAAUUCAAAAUUAUCAAAACAAAUACAAAAACCAAAAAAAAAAAACAACAAACUCUUAAACCGCUGUGAAUGUUAUGAAUAUUUAAAAGAUAUAAAAUUGAUAUGAAUCGAAACGAAGAACAAUUGUGUGUGUGUUUGAGAAUGGGAGGAUAUAAGCGGCAGAGACAGGGACAGCGAGAUAGAGAGAUAAGAUGAAAGAUGGAGUGACAAGGUGAGAGAGAGAGAGAAGGAGAUAGAGAGAGAUAAAGCGAAGAAAAAAGAAACAGAUACCGAAGAGAGGAGAGGGCGUUAGUGUGCAAGUAACACUGUAAGAGAGGGUGAGAAUGUGUGGGAAAGAAUAGGAGUAGGAAUAAGCGAGUAAGUGCAGGUGACAGCUGGUUUAAGUAGUGCAGACAUUGCAUUGCAUCUUGACGUCUGGCGAAGAGUGUAUGAAUGUUUGGAAAGAAUGCACAGAAAGAGAGAGAGAGAGAGAGAGAGAGAGAGAGAGAGAGAGAGAGAGAUAGAGAGAGAGAGAGAGAGAGAGAGAGAGA